AUGUACCAGGCAGCUGGUGGUGAAGGUGGUAUGCCGGGCGGAUUCCCUGGUGGUAUGCCCGGUGGGUUCCCUGGUGGUAUGCCGGGUGCCGGUGGGGCUCCCGGUGGUGGCGCUGGCGGCAAAGGACCGACCAUCGAGGAGCAGGGUGUUGGUGCUCCUGAUGGUCGUGGUCUGGGAGCUGGCAAUGCGGUCGCGAUUGUGCCAUCGACUCUUGUGGUAUCGUUCUAG